CUGGGGACGAUGAUAAACAGAUUACACAUUACAGCUGAAAAGUAGGUACAGAGAUCAAAGAGGAGGUGACUGACUGUAAGCAGAGAACACAGCAAAUUUUUUUAAAAAAUGGGUGGGAAAAUUAGCAUGGCUGCAUUUUUUGUAGUUUUGGCUGCAAAUGUGUUGCAGAGUACGGAUGGUGCAACUUAUAAGGUGGGUGACUCCACUGGCUGGCGAGUCCCUACCAAUAUUGAUUUUUACCAAGAUUGGGCUGAUGAUAGAAUCUUCGUUGUUGGGGAUGUUCUUGUUUUCAACUUCACUACUGGAAAGCAUGAUGUUGCAGUGGUGACCGAAGCUGCUUACGAGGCGUGCAACACCACCGAUACUAUAACCAUCAUGUGCAACGGACCGGCAAGGAUUACCCUUAACAGGACCGGCGAUUUUUACUUCAUAUGUUCUGUCCCCGGUCACUGUUCAGCCGGGCAAAAGGUCAGGGUCAAAGUCAAAAAUGGGAACCGCCACGCUGCUGCUCCGGCACCUGGACCAAUGCCCAAUAAUAGGCCUCCGAGCACCGCCACGCCGAGCCCCACCCCGCAUGGAACUUCAAGUCCUCGUCCGAGCGCCACCCCUCGUGGAACUUCAAGUCCUCCUCCUCCGAGAGCUACCCCGCCUGGAACUUCAAGUCCUCCUCCUCCGAGCGCUACCCCGCCUGGAACUUCAAGUCCUCCUCCUCCGAGCGCCGCUACGCCUGGAACUCCGAGCUCCAGCUCGCGUGGAACUUCAAGUCCUCCUCCCGAGGCCAACUCAGCUUCUCUCCUUGUUGCUACUCUCUCCCCUAUCUUGUACUUGUCCAUUGCCUUAGUUUUGUUGUGCUGAUACUGAUUCUAUGUUAUAACCAUUAUGAUUCUGAUCAUAUUUGUAGUGACAUUUAUUAUUUGAAUAAAUCUCGGUUCAUUUUCUGAAA